AUGUCUCAGUAUGGCAAUGAUACGCCCGUAUAUAAGGCUGUCAAGACACUCUCUCAGCCCGUCGGAAUUAGAACAGAGCACAUUGCCGACGAAGAAACUCUCCUCUACUUGAAACCUAAAUAUGACCACCGAUCGCCGAAUGAAUAUACCAUCAAGAGAUACUGGGACGAUUCAACCAUUUUCACGGUCACUGGCCACAAAUAUGGCGAUACCCCAGCUCGGGAAUUUCGUGACUCGUCGGGACUCCCAAUGUUCCAGUCUCGUGCGGCCGUCCUCGCGUGGAAAAGACCCCUGCGGGUGCGAUUACCCGGCAAGGAAGACGAAGAGCUUGUGGAUUUCAGGGUCGACUUGAAAAAUGUCUACAAACUUACUUUUCGCAAUUCAAUGGAGCCGGACUCCAAAAGUGAGCGUGACAGGAUGGUGACAGUCGAAGUGCGAGACACGGGCUCUUUCGCAUGGCAAGGAUUCUCCGCUAGUGUUGGGGGCCAGAAAGUGGUUGAUAUUCGUGAGAGCAUGACGAUGAACAAAACCCUUCCCAAAGCUACCUCUCAAGGUGAUGUGUCCUUGAUGCCGCGGCAGGUGCUGGAGAUUCUCGUCGCUGAGGGGUUUGACUUGUCUCUGGCUGCACUGAUUGCCGUGUACAUGGCAGACACGAGGUUCAGUACUGCGCCUCCUCCCCGGUGGUAA